AUGGAGUCAAAUUUCCACUCGACGGUGCUGCAGAGACCGCCCAGCCUGCACGACUACGAAGACCAGCAACGCGACCGUGACCGUGAGCGGGAACGAGAGCGGGAACGCGGCAGCGAGAGGCGACACCGCGACAUUCUGAAUCCGGUCCAGCAGGGCGACAACAACACCAACCCGCCACCUGGACCAGGCUCGCAUGCACCCGGACAGCAGCAGCAACAUCCACACCAACCGCCGCCACGGCACUCGUUUAGUCUGCGAUCACCAACCCAGCCCGACUUCCACCACGCGGCGCCGCCUCACUUCCCGGGCUCCAGCUCUGCCUCUCCCUCGUCAGCGCCCUCCGCCAGCGCCGCCGCAAACACCAACGCCAGCACCAGCACCAGCACAAAUGGCACCGGCUCGGGCACCCGCUCGCUUCUGCACAACCCGUUCCUGACGUCCUCGGCUGCGCCGCCAUCCCUCCCCCCACCAGUCCACCCAUCAAGCAUCGCACCUCCUCGGUCGCCCCUGCACGCGCCGCCCGUCUUUUAUCCCCACGACAUGCGCGACCAUCGCGACUCUCCGCGCGAGAAGACGGCCGGGAGCUUCUACGACCCUACUACCGACACCACUACCUCCACCAGCGACCGGAGGGUGAGCGACUCCGGCUCAGCCUGGCAUAACGCGACCCAGGCUUCAUCGGCAUCGUCAGCAUCAAAGCCUCGCGAUCCACUGAACAGGGACUACGACUAUCCCCCACAGCCAUCCGUCGAUCGUUCUCCUUAUUACAAGGGCAGCUACACUUCUCCUGUCGCUGCAACCUUCCCGCCGCGGAGCCCGGUUUCUCAUUCCCAUCCAGCUGCAGGAUCCAUCAGCCCGCCCGCUGGAGCGCGCGCGAUGGCAUCGCCCAAUGUGUUACAGUCUGCGCUGUCAGCCGGCACCACUUCAAAUGGCAACCCGGUGCAACACUCGCCACCUGCUCCUUCUGUGCUCCAAGCACCCGCUCCCCCCACAAGUACUCCCAGCCGGAACGUCAUGUCCUUCGACAACAUCCUCUCCAGUGCAGAAACCGAUCUGAGGCCACGGGAUCCAUCACCCCCGGCCAGCAUUUCGGAGCCUGCUGUUAAGGAGGAGAAGUCAGAAGAGCCAGAGAAGAUUGAGCGGAAGAAGCCCGCCAGGAAGCCCAGGCAGCCCCGCGUGUCGGACAUUAAGAACUCCGAGCCCUCGUCCAAGGGGAGCUCCAGGCGAUCGUCUUCCCACAAGGAGAAGGAGUCGCCCGUCGCGGCCCGCGUCCCUGCAAAGCGUACGGCAAACGGCCAGCCUAAGGUAGGCGGCUUUUCCGCGAGCAAGGAGAAGAAGAUCAAGGACCAGAUGGACCAGAUGGAUGUCGACCCCAUCGAGGCCGAAGGGUUUGAUGCGGACGAGGAGCGGUUUGUCUGGCGCCAGCGGGCACAGAGACGGCGGCGUGCCAUGGAGGGUCGGGAGGAUAGGCUUCACUCCUCACGCAGGUCCAACCUGGCCAGGGACAGCAUCCUGCACCUGAGCCUGCACACAGACCUGGGCAAGCGCAGGUACGACGACAUGUACUACGAUGACGCGCUGCAGAAGGUGCGCGACCAAGAGGUCAUCGCCGAGAAGGAGCGAAAGAAGGACAUGCAACGCAAGCGCCGACGCGAGAAGUCUAUGGCGGUCACCAUCGAGCAGAAGGAAACGGCCCUCGCCAAGGCCCAGGCUGCUGAGCUGGCCGGCGACGAAGCGGAGCGCAUCAAGCACCUCCGUGAGGCCGAGCGCGCCAACAAAAAGGCACAGCAGACGAAGCUCAUCCUGCAAAAGGGCAUCAAGGGACCAGCGCGGAACCUUCCUCCGAUUGAGGUCAACCUUGAGGGCGGCAUCAUGUCGACAUUCCAGGCGAGCGACAUGGAGCCCGGCAAGGGCAAGGGCAAAGCUCGAGGCGGUCCGCGACCGAAGAAGUCAAAGGAGCAGAAACAGGCCGAGAAGGAUAGUGCGCUGGCUGCCCAGGCUGCCUUGGACGCCGGUGAGGCGCUGCCGACCAAGGAGGAGACAAAACAGAUCCGCAUCAGGCUCAAGAAGGACAAGGCCCCGAAGGAAGACGCCGUUCAGGACCCAGAGGUCGUCGAGCCAAAGGAGCCCAAGGAGAAGGAGAAGGUUGUCGAGGAGCCCAAGGACCCCCUCGAGACCAAGUUCCAGACCAAGGGCUUCAACCAGAUCUACGACCAGAUCUGGCGAGAUCUUGCCCGCAAGGACGUCAACAAGGUCUACAGGCUCGCAACUGAGUCGUAUGGCACCAAGGCCUCCAACCUCAAGAAAACGGCUAUUCUCGCGUCCAAGGAGGCCAAGAGGUGGCAGAUGCGGACCAACAAGGGGACCAAGGACCUGCAGGCUCGCGCCAAGCGCGUCAUGCGUGACAUGAUGACCUUCUGGAAGCGCAACGAGCGCGAGGAGCGAGACCUGCGCAAGGCUGCCGAGAGGCAGGAGCUCGAGAACGCCCGCAAGCAGGAAGCAGACCGAGAGGCCGCCCGGCAGAAGCGGAAGCUCAACUUCCUCAUUUCCCAGACGGAGCUGUACUCGCACUUUAUCGGGAAGAAGAUCAAGACACACGAGGUCGAGCGCAGCACAGACAAUCCCGACAUCGCCACCGAGGACGCCGCUCCAGAUCCCAAUGCGGUCGACGUUGACGAUGACGGCACUGCCACGUCGGGGGUGAAGGUCACUAGGUUCGAGAACCUCACCUUCGAGGAGGAGGACGAAGAAAAGCUCAAGGAGAUCGCGAAGGCCAAUGCUGCGCACGCUCUCGCAGAAGCUCAGCAGAAAGCCAGGGAUUUCAACAAGGACGACGAGCCUGACGAGGACGGGGAGAUGAACUUCCAGAACCCAACGGGAAUGGGCGAGGUCGAGAUUGAGCAGCCCAAGCUACUCAAUGCUCAGCUCAAGGAGUACCAGCUGAAAGGCCUCAACUGGCUGGCCAACCUGUACGAGCAAGGCAUCAACGGCAUCCUGGCCGACGAAAUGGGCCUCGGCAAGACAGUGCAGUCAAUCUCGGUCAUGGCUUAUCUGGCGGAGAAGCACAACACGUACAAGAAGGAUGCCAGCUUCCAUGUCAUGGUCACGUCCUACCAGCUAGUCGUGUCUGACGUUGCUUACUUCCAGAAGAUGAAGUGGCAGUACAUGAUCCUCGACGAGGCCCAGGCCAUCAAGAGCUCCCAGAGCUCCCGGUGGAAGUGCCUGCUGGGUUUCCACUGCCGGAACCGUCUGCUGCUGACUGGCACCCCCAUUCAGAACAAUAUGCAGGAGCUCUGGGCCCUGCUGCACUUCAUCAUGCCGUCGCUGUUCGACUCACAUGACGAGUUCAGCGAAUGGUUCUCCAAGGACAUCGAGUCUCACGCGCAGAGCAACACGAAGCUCAACGAAGACCAGCUCAAACGUCUGCACAUGAUCCUGAAGCCUUUCAUGCUUCGUCGCGUGAAGAAGCAUGUCCAGAAGGAACUUGGUGACAAGAUUGAGACGGAUGUCUUCUGCGACCUCACAUAUCGUCAGCGCGCUUACUACAGUAACCUGCGCAACCAGAUCAGCAUCAUGGACCUCAUUGAAAAGGCAACCACUGGCGAUGACACAGACUCUGGCACGCUGAUGAACCUCGUCAUGCAGUUCCGCAAGGUCUGCAACCACCCCGACCUCUUCGAACGUGCCGAAACAACAUCACCGUUCUUCACCGGCUAUUUUGCCGAGACCGCCUCGUUCAUCCGCGAGGGAAACAAUGUGCCGGUGGCGUACUCGACGCGAAGCUUGAUCGACUAUGAGCUGCCCAAGCUUGUCUGGCGAGACGGUGGCAGGCUGUACAAGGCCGGCGGCGAUAACCAGAAGGCUGGGUUCCGCAACAAGUACCUGCAACACAUGAUGAACAUAUGGACACCCGACAAUGUUCGCGAGAGCCUCGGCGGCAGUGACUCGUUCUCGUGGCUGCGCUUUGCCGACACAAGCCCUCAAGAGGUGUACAACGCAAGCCAUCAGGAUGUGUUCGCCCGUGCUGUCGAGCUGUCGAGGCGGAAGAACCGGUUGUCGUACAUGGAUGUCGCCUACGACGAGCAAGAGGACCGAGGCUAUACCCCUGCCCACGCACUGUUUCAGGUCAAGCAGCGAAACGACCGCAAAGCGCUGGCCGACAUCACGGACAAGGGCGUCAUGAGCAGCCUCGUGAACGUGGCUCGAGAGACAUACCAUGACGCCGGGUUUGGCCACCUCGAGCCAGCUGGUCGGCCUGGGGCAGCCGCGCCACCGAUCGAGGUGGUCUGCAACAGCCGCGGGGCCAACAUCGAACGGGAAGACACCCUGUUCAAUAUCCCGAUGCGCAGGGCACUGUACGAGCCCAACUUCGAGGAGCAGAAGGCCUUCAUCACGCAGAAGAUCCCCAGCGAGAGCAUGCCCGUGUACGGGCUGUUGCCGUCCCCAGACAACGAGAAGAAGCGCUUCACAAAUGUUGCCGUGCCGUCAAUGCGGCGCUUCGUCACGGAUUCCGGCAAGCUUGCCAAGCUGGAUGAGCUGCUCUUCAAGCUCAAGGAGCAAGGCCACCGCGUGCUCCUGUACUUCCAGAUGACGCGCAUGAUCGAUUUGAUCGAGGAGUAUCUGAUGUACCGCAACUACAAGUUCUGCCGUCUCGACGGCUCGACCAAGCUCGAGGACAGGCGUGACACGGUGCAUGACUUCCAGACCCGGCCCGAGAUCUUCAUCUUCCUGCUGUCCACCCGCGCCGGUGGUCUCGGCAUCAACCUGACGUCUGCGGACACGGUCAUCUUCUACGACUCGGAUUGGAACCCGACCAUCGACUCGCAGGCCAUGGAUCGCGCCCACCGUCUCGGUCAGACCAGGCAGGUCACGGUGUACCGCCUCAUCACCCGUGGCACGAUUGAGGAGCGAAUCCGCAAGCGGGCUCUGCAGAAGGAAGAAGUGCAGCGCGUUGUCAUAUCAGGAGGUGGCACUGGUGCUGGUGUCGACUUCUCGGGUCGUAGGACGACGGAGAACCGCAACAAGGACAUUGCCAUGUGGCUCGCUGAUGACGAUGACGCGGUGGAGAAGAUGAUCGAGCGUCGCGAGCAGGAGCUCAUGGCCAGCGGCGAGUACGAGAAGAAGAGGGAAGGGCGGCAGGAAGAAGAAGGAUGCCGCGAGGGGCACUUUGACGACAACAACAAGGCGUCGGGGACAGCAACCCCGACCGAGGCGCCCGCAGCUAGCGGCAAGAAGAAGGGCAAGGGCUCAAAGAAGGCCAAAACGGCCAAACAGCGUCUUGCUAUUGCUGACGGCGAGGUUGACGCCUAG